GUUGAGGCUCUGGUGGGUAGGUGGGUUCAGACCGAAGGGACUACGGGUCGGCGUUGGGCUCAGUGGACUCGAACAAAGGACUCUCGGGCAGGGACUUGGCACGGCGUUUUCUGACGGGUAGCUGAGCGGCCGAUCGCGGCUUCUCCGCCAACCAGUGCUGUCGCCGCGUGGUCCCAGUCUGCUUCUCCUUGGUUCCCCACGGCCAGCGCCGCGGUGGGGGGCCCGGCGCAGCGGCACCUGCUGCUGAGGGAACCCCGUGGCCCGCCCAGGUGCUCAUGAUGGGGCUGAUCUUCGCUAAACUGUGGAGCCUCUUCUGUAACCAAGAACACAAAGUAAUUAUAGUGGGACUGGAUAACGCAGGGAAAACCACCAUUCUUUAUCAAUUCUUAAUGAAUGAAGUGGUUCAUACAUCUCCAACCAUAGGAAGCAAUGUUGAAGAAAUAGUUGUGAAGAACACUCAUUUUCUUAUGUGGGAUAUUGGUGGUCAAGAGUCACUGCGAUCAUCCUGGAACACGUAUUACUCAAACACAGAGUUCAUCAUUCUUGUGGUUGACAGCAUUGACAGGGAACGACUAGCUAUUACGAAAGAAGAAUUAUAUAGAAUGUUGGCUCACGAGGAUUUACGGAAAGCUGCAGUCCUUAUCUUCGCCAAUAAACAGGAUAUGAAAGGGUGUAUGACAGCAGCUGAAAUCUCUAAAUACCUCACCCUCAGUUCAAUUAAGGAUCAUCCAUGGCACAUUCAGUCCUGCUGUGCUUUAACAGGAGAAGGGUUAUGCCAAGGUCUAGAGUGGAUGACCUCCCGGAUUGGUGUGAGAUAACUUUUUGCUCGAAAGAGACUCUCUAUUUAUUCUGUGACAUGAACAUUUUUCCUAGUACCUUUGGCUGCUAAGGCAGCAGCAUGUUUAAUUUAUAACAACACAAACCUCUAUGAGCAACACUUGAAUCAAGUGCAGCUGAACUGGAACAUAAAAGAUUUUUUCUUAACUUUUUUUUUUAAUGCACUAAUCUUCAGUUGGAUGAACAUAAUGUGUAACUAUUUUCAGCAACAGAAUUCUUCUGACUGCUUAUUCUAAUUAUUCAACGACUGCCUUGUAAGAAAUGUUUAUCAUAUGUUUAAUGUUUUCUGAAGUAUUGUAAUAACUUUAAUGACCAGUUCCUUUCAUUUCUUGACUGCCCCCUCCCCCCACCAGAUAAUUAUUGGCUUGACAGAGCAGUAGUGGAAAUUAUCACGUACUGUUUGCAAACUUACCCAGCACUAAAUAUUUGCUCCCUCUGUAAACUAUUUAUCUUUUGGGCAGAACUUAUUGUAAAUGAGAAAGAAAUAUGCCUAGAAGAUAUGUAUUUAAGGGGGAGGAUGAAACAUCAUGAGAACUGCCUUUAAAUGAGUUAAUUUCCCCCACAUUAUUGCAAGUCAUGGAAUAAUUUUAAGUUUCUAUUAGCAUGGAAAUUAAGUAGGCUAUUUAUCUAAAAGAAUUAAGUUCACUUUUCUGCCUGCAGCACAGGAUUAGUUUUGGUUAAAAACGAAUCAAAAUAAAAUAUUUAUUUCAAAGCCCAACUUUGAUAGUAAAUAUUUUGAAUAAAUCUGGUAUUUUUAAGAAUGUCACAUUAUUCAAUGCAUAUAUAACAAUUGGAAGUUACUAAAGCAUACCAGCACUAAAAUUAAACCAAGACACUUGGAAUAUAUUUUACUAUCAAUUACAAACAACUUUAUUAUCAGCAAAAAUUUCAACUAUUCCAUUUGCAAGGGGCACCGCAUCUGCUUUGGGCAAUAGCUAAAGCAGGAAUACAAACAGUUCAUUUUAUUUCUUAGAAUUUGAAAUUGUGUCUAUUACAGCAUUUCUAUCACCAGCAGUAUAUUACUUAAAAAACCAUAUGGCUUUCCUUGAAUUUGUUAGAGGUUGUAGUGUAAUAGGCUUGAAACAACUGACAUUUGUAUAAUUAUGCCUCAUGUUCUAAGAUCUUUUGCUGGAUAAUAGGAAACUGCUGAAUUUAAUCAUGGCUUUUAGAAUAUUACUAUGAGACUCAAGUUUAAUACACUAACAACUUAAAAAAUUUUUAAAUAGUUAAAAACUCAUAAUCUAGCAAAAGUAUACUUAUUGGAUAGCAUUAAAACAUUUUCAAGGCAGUCGUCUAAUAUGAACAAUAAUCUAAAUAGUGCAUACCUUAAGAGGGAGGACAGGUAUUGUAAUUUUGAUCCUCUUUAUUUCAAAUGUGUGAUUUUGCUAUUAUGAAAGGGAUAAAACACACAUAGAGAAUAAUACUUUAUUUUUGCAGUAUUUUUCUUUCAUCUGGGUCAAAAAUAGGAUUCAGUGUUCAUAAGAACAUCAGUACCUGUUCAAAAGUGAUACUUUAAUAUUUUUUAUCGUAAGUUGGUUUAAAUUUUGCUGUUUUCAGUUAUACUUGAUUUAUUCUAUUUAGUCUAAUUAAUUUAGUUGAAUGUGGUAGCAUUUUUCUGAUUUCUGUUUAGUGGUAGCACACCCUGGAACUGGAAAUGACCAGAGGAAAGCUUUCUGGGCUUUGGGAAGGAGUUGUUCAUUAACCUUGUUCUGAACCUUUUUCUUAGUGAUUCUAUACCAGGUAGAGGAUAAAUUUUGUUUUUAAUACAAUGCAUAAUCAAGAACAUGAGAGAAAAGCAGACAUGAAUCAAUAUGGAUGCUUUGUGUUGUGUAUGUGGUGGUGGGGCAGGAGAAAUUAUGAUAGCACACUUUGCCAGAAUUUCUAUCUUGGUUGUAUAGUUUAGCCAUGAAUACUGAGGAUACUCUGAAUUCUGAAUUCUGUCCUGAGAAAAAUCAUAUUUAAUAUUCCUAUAUUUGUUGUUAUUAUGAAAUCUUUCUUGUAUCUAAUAAGAUUGGCUGGCUCCAUUUUCUUCUGUCAAAUUAUAUGGUUAUUUUUUUAUAUUACCGCAUCAGCAUUAUAUUGAAAGUGUUAAUAGUUGAUUGUAUUUUGUCAAACUACUAGUAUAAACUCAAGUUUUCAAUUUGAUUUUUAAAAUACAAUUUAUUUUAUUUUCUAAAUCCUUUUUGAAAAACAGUUUGUUGUUUUUGGAUUAGAUUUAUGUUAGCUGUGUGUUGAAGAUGAAAUCAACAUCCAACUAGGUUUUGUGCCAACGAUUGGGAAAAGUUCAAUUAGGAAAUUCAUGUAAGACUUUUAAAAAGUAUUUUAUAGGUUCUCAUUAGAUAUUUCCUCUUACAGUAAUAUGAAAACUGAUUACCCUUUACUCCAAGAGAAUGUUUUGACUCAAGCACGUAUCUAACGCUAAAGCAUUGAUUCUGACAUUUAUUGAAAAUCAACCAGCUAUAAGAUAUUGUCUGAUGAAAAAUGUAAAUUUGUGAUUAGUGCCUUUAUUCAUAUUUUGAGAUAAGUUCUCAAUUUUGUAUUAUACCUGUUCUUUAGAAGUCAUAUUAGCAGGUAAUUAAUUUAACAAUGAAAUAGUUCAGCUUUCACCCUCCCUAAUCAAUCCCUCAAUUGCCUAGCGAAGUUUCUAAGUGGUGGAAAGCAGGGGAUCCACCCAUGUUACUUUCGGGAGGUUAUUCUACAUUUUGUUUUUAAUGUGAAGAGGAAGAAACUAAAUUUUAACAAACAUUUUGUUAUAACUAAAAUGUAACUGCUACCCUUGUAAGUUCAAGGCAUUUUUCUUAAUUUUGAACAUGUUGCAUUCUUCAUAUUUAAACUCAUCUUUCUUAUUGAAGCCCAUCUGAGAACUCUUUUAGAAUUAAUAAGCCCUUUUAUAUGGGAACAUACUGCAUAUUUUGUAUUGUUAGUGUAAUUUAAUUCCUUAAAAUUUGAAAUAAUAUAUCUAUAAUCUAUUGAAUAACACGAUUAAAUACAAAGUUUUGCUUUUAGGUUCUUUGGUAGUAUGCUUAAAGGUAUAAUUUUAUUCUAUAUUCAUUAGAGGAAUGAUAAUAAAUUGAAAUUUCAUUGUUAAAAAUCAUUUUUGAAAUGGAUGCUACUUCUGUAGCUGUAGUCAUUUUGAUUAAGCAUAAAUUAACUUUCAUUACCUAUAGCAUAAAGAGAAAAUAAUUAUUUUCCUAUGGAAACAGUGAGUGAUAUAGGCAGUGCUGUAAACAUUAUUCUCUGAAGAGUUAUGGGGAGUCACAAGGCAAAGAAAAUUUUAAAACAAUAAAAGCUUUAUUUUUAAAAAAAUAUUUUUGAUGUAGUAUCCUAGGACAAAUUAUAAAUGGAAUUGUCUCUGACUAGCACUCAUUUAAUUAUUAACUAUGUAAAACAAUACCAGUAGAAAAAAUGUACUGGUAUUAUACCUAGAAUAGAUGAAUUCCAUUGACAUUUAUCUUUGAAGACCAACUUAAUGAGCCUAACUUUUCAUCUAUGGCUUUGGAUCCAAAACAUUUCAUAUCUAGUUCCCUUCUAAAGGAUCUUUUAUAUUUUGUCAGAGUAGAGUCACUUCGAGAUACAGCAUGAUGACUUGUAUCCAGUAGAAUAUUGUGCUGGCUAUCUAAAGAAGUAGGUUUGAAUCUUAAUUUGGCCGUGACCUGUUUUACCUUAGACAAUUACUAUCGUUCAUGGCCUUCCUACUAUUUUUCCCAUACUGAGGAACUUAAACUAGAGCACCAACACAUCUUUUGGCUUUAAAAUCCUGAACCUUUAUACACUACUACUAAAAACUAAAAAACAAACACAAGAAAACCAAACCAAAUGAGGGGAAGACAUGUAAUAUGAAAUUACGUUUAUUUUUAUCUAUUAUUUGAUUCCCACCUCAUUAUCAUUUCAUUUAGUAUAUGAAUACAAAUAAGAAAACAAAGCAUCAACUAGUAACUGCUACUCCACUUACAUUGAGCUAAUAGUUAAUGACAAUGCAAAUAAGAAAAUAAGCCAUAUUGCUAAGAAGAUGAUAUUUAAUCUACUUAUAAAACACCAGUGUAUAUUGGAAAUACUCUCUUCUGGAAACUGUCUUGCUUGUUUUCCUGGCUUUUACUAACUGGAUGCAAGUGGUUAGUUUGUUCAGAGUUUAUUGGCUUUAGAGGCUGCCCCAAGCUCCAGUUCUGUUUGACUUUCCAGUAGUGAAAAGGAUAGUGCAGUGAGGAUGUCAAUAUUUUACAAAUGUCUGUAUAAAUCUGGAAGUACUUUAUAUUCAAGGUUAGUUUUUUUCAGUAAUGUCUCAUCCUUAUUCAUUUAGCAUUAUUGUGAAGACUGAAAUCUAAAAGCCAGUUUCCCAAAAAGUAUUUUUUAAGAGUUUCAGGUAACCAGAGAUAAAUAGAGAAGGCCAAUAAAAAUAAUCUUUUUUCAGCUACUUUGUUUUAAAUUUAAAGUAGAAAAAAUAUUGUGUUCCACAGACCUAAAAUCAGCUUUAAAUGUAUAAGGUCUAGUGAAAUGUUUGGGAAAUGUUAAUUGGAGAUUUAGAGGCAUACCUAGAAACAAAAGUCAAAGAACUUGACAGUAAAGAUUAAUAUAAGAUAAAAAAUCUCCAAUAGGAAAUUUGAAUGAAAACACUGAAUUGCCCCCAUUCAAGGACUUAAAAUUACUAGAAAAUUCAGUCUUUUACUAUAAAACUGGAUGGCCUAUAUUAUUUUUAAUGUGACCAAAGGACUGAAGACUGAUCAGGUUUCUAGAAUUUGGGAGUGUAGUCAGAGAGUGGCACCUUUUGCAUUUUUAUAAACCAGUAAUCUACCUUCUUCCCUAGAAAUGGAGAAAUAAUAAAAUGUGCUGUGCAUAUCUUUUGGAAUAGAAAACAAAAUUCUAGAAGAAUGGAAAUGUUCUCUUGCACAAACUUGUAAAAUUUUAAUUAAAAAAUUACCUCAUUUUUCAGUCCAUACAUAAGGUGCUUUGCUCUAGUCUGUGGGAUGUUGCACAAUCCCAUAAAAAUCCCCUUCACCCAACCUGUAUUUGAAAUAUGCAAAAUUCACAACUAAGAGAGAGCAUUCCUUGGAGAUUUUGUUUUCUUUUACUCUUGUUUACCACUAGCAGGGCUAACAUGGUGUAGCAAAUCCACAUACUGUCUUCAUUAAAGCACAUGGGCAAGUGCAUAGUCAAUAUUUAAUCAGUUUAAUUAAAAUCAAGUAAGGGAAAGGAAAAACUCUAAAAUUUGAUUGAUUUUAUUAUACUGUGAAUAUAUUUCCAUCAGUGUUGGUAAGAUAUCAAAUGACUAUCAGUUGGUGUUGGUUAUGUUUAUAAUUUAUUUGCAUAUUUUAGCCCUUUUUAUAAGAGACUAUAAUCAUUUUAAUCUUCUUACAUUUUCCUUCAGGAAAUGCAGGGAUUCUACAGCCCCUGUUUUGUUCUCUUGGAGUAAACUGUUCAGUGUAGUUAGGAAAACUUUUCAUUUUGACUUUUUAAAAGAGUUGAGCUGCUAUUUCAUUAAAAGUGUGAAAUAAAAUGACGGUUAUGAUAUUUCCAAUUAUGUAAUAGUUACAAAUUUUACCCUAUUCAUCUAUUGUACAGAGCAUGGUUAAAAAAACUAAAACUAAAAGCAGUUACAGCCUUGCUCUUGCAAUUGUUCUAUCAGAAUAUAAUGAUUAUAAUUACACAUUGCCAUCUUAACAUAAAUUGGUGCUUUAGAGCAUUAAAGAGGAAACAGCAGGCCCUAUAUACUUCUUGCCUCAGAAUGUAAAACUACAUUAAAGUGUCUAUUUAUAUUUAUGUUCAUUUCUUAAGGUUUAAAUACAAAUUAUUGUUAUCCAUCAAGCUUCAGGCUUUCUGCAAACACUGUAACAAUAUCUUAGCCAAUCAGCUUGGUCAAGUGAAGAUGGUGUUAAUAAGGCCAAAAUUAUGAAUUGGAUCUCUCUGGGGGCCCCCUGGUAUCGUACAGAGGAAAAAAAUGUCUUUCAGAGCCACAAACUGUGCUUCUUAAACCCAACCAAACAACUGAGAUGUGUGCUGUUGGUUCAAUAUAUAAGCAUUAAUAAAAUUAAAAGAACAAACAAAUUAAUGCAUUCACAUCAUCACUUCUUGAAAGUGGUUCAAAGCACGUUCUUCUAAUGGUGGGUUGUUGAAAAGACAUGUUUUAAAUUUUUAAUAACUUUAUUACUGUCAUAAAAUGCUUCUAUAUGUUAAGUUUAGGUUACUGGUACUCAUAAUUUUUUAUUUCUGCAAUUAUGCUGUAAUGAGUUGCUUGCAUGCCUACUUACCCAAGUGAAAGGAUGCUGUUUGCUCUGGAAUGUUCAUCUUUUAGACAGGUUUUGGCUCAUUUGCAGUCAUGGUGCAAUACAGUGUAACAUUCAUUUGUUUUCAGUCAACAGUUUUAUUUUUGUCAUAAUAAAUAAUUACUUUUCCAAUA